AUGCAGGCCCAGCCCUUUGUGUGCAGCCCUCGUGACACCUUUGCCGUUCCUCGCAUCGACAGGCAGCACAGGGUGGCACAGGACGCAGCAAUGGCGACAGCCUCCCUGAAAGACCGCAUCCGCAGCGAGUAUCAGCAGUUGCUGGACAACUUUGCCAACCUGUUGCGAUCGGCCAGGCUACCAGAUGAAUCCGGCGAUGCGGGGGCUAGGCAGGGGCGAGUACCGGGAGAGGUGAUGGAGGUGUUCGCGGAGAAGAUGCUGCAAGCCUGCCACGCGCUGCUGGGGGUGGUGGCGGAGCUCAAGCGCAAUGCGCUGCUGAAUGACGUGGCGGGCCGGAACGCAGAGGUAGCCAGCAGCAGCGCGGCGGCAGAAGCAGAGGAAGCAGAGCUUCUGCAGCGCUUCCAGCAGCUGCAGCAGCGGAUUGACACCGCCAUGAAGCUCGUGCAGCCGCUGGAUGACGAUGCCGAGCACCAGCCACCAGCGGAGCAGCAGCAGCGGGAUGUUCCCAUGCAGGUGUAG